UCAUUGGCUGGGAGGUUUGUGUCGAUGUCAUCGAUGAAGAUGAUUGGCAGGAUGAAGGGUCAGUGACAGCUGGGCCCCUGUAAACAAUGACGGAAGCUUCCAGAGCAGCAACAGCAACGCACCAGAACGUAACAUUCUUUGCAACGAUUAAUGUUCAACUUUGCGUAUUAUGAGCGCAUCCUGCGUCCCUCACGUCCCUCCCUCACGGUAAAAUGCCUCGGCCCGAAAUAGGGGACGGCUCCAAGAGCCCCGCGGAACUUCCCGACAAAAGCGACGCUCUGGAAAAGGGCUCGACCGUCCUCCCGGCCGUCUCCACCAUGGACCUUAUGGACGACAAGCAAGAUGUAGAGGAAGAUGACCCGUGGGAUAUCCCAGAACUGCAGGACACAGGGGUCAAGUGGUCAGAACUGGACACCAAAGGCAAGGUGCUCCGGGUGCUGAUGGCCAUUGGGAAGUUCAUCGUACUGCUGGGGCUCCUCUACUUGUUUGUGUGCUCCCUGGACAUCCUGAGCUCAGCCUUCCAACUCGUCGGAGGUAAACUUAUUUGCACCCUCACGCCUCGCUGUGGAGCACCACGAGGUCGAGGCAGAGCAGCGAUGAGUUCCCUUCCGACAUGCCCCAGUUUUCAGAGAGAUCCAUGUGCGUUGUCUGUCGGUGUGCUUGGUGAAUGUGAGCCGAGAUGCUUGAGCAGACAUUGCUGGGAUGUGGUGUCCGCAGGAAAAGCCGCAGGAGACAUCUUCAAGGAUAACGCGGUGCUGUCGAACCCAGUGGCCGGCCUGGUGAUCGGCCUCAUGGUCACCGUGCUGGUUCAAAGCUCGAGUACCUCCUCAUCCAUCGUAGUCAGCAUGGUGUCUUCUGGCCUGCUGCAGGUCAAGUACGCUGUGCCGAUCAUCAUGGGAACCAACAUCGGGACGUCGGUCACCAACACCAUUGUGGCAAUGAUGCAGGCGGGAGACAGAAAUGAGUUUCGCAGGGCCUUUGGGGGUGCCACCGUGCACGAUUUCUUCAACUGGCUGUCGGUCAUCAUCCUGCUGCCCCUGGAGGUGGCCUCGGGCUUCCUCUAUAAACUUACCAAGCUUCUCAUCGACUCCUUCCACAUCGAGAGUGGCGAAAAUGCGCCCGACCUGCUCAACGUCAUCACUGACCCGCUCACCGAUUCCAUCAUCCAGCUGGACAAAUCUGUCAUCAGUGAUAUUGCCACCGGAGACCCAGCUGCGAAAAACAAGAGCCUGAUCAAGGUCUGGUGUAAAACAAAUACCACGACGACCUUGCAGAACGUGACCGUUCCGGGUCAGGACAACUGUACCUCCAUCGAGUUCUGCUGGACGGACGGCAAUGUGACGUGGACGCUGAUGAACGUUACCAAGAAGAUCAACCUGGAGAGAUGCAAACAUAUCUUUGCCAACACCACCCUGCCAGACUUGGCCGUGGGCCUCAUCCUGCUGGUGCUCUCCUUGCUUAUCUUGUGCACAUGCCUCAUCCUCAUCGUCAAGCUGCUCAACUCCAUGCUGAAGGGCCAGGUGGCCAUAGUCAUCAAGAAGAUCCUCAAUACAGACUUUCCUUUCCCCUUCGGAUGGGUGACCGGCUACCUGGCCAUCGUCGUCGGGGCAGGAAUGACCUUCAUCGUGCAGAGCAGCUCGGUCUUCACCUCCGCCAUUACUCCACUUGUCGGAAUUGGCGUCAUUACCAUCGAGAGGGCAUAUCCACUGACCCUAGGAUCGAACAUCGGCACCACAACCACAGCCAUUUUGGCUGCCAUGGCCAGUCCUCCGGAGACAUUGGGCAACUCUUUGCAGAUCGCCUUCUGCCACUUCUUCUUCAACAUCGCUGGCAUCAUCAUCUGGUACCCUAUCCCCUUCAUGCGAGUCCCCAUCCGCCUGGCCAAGGCUCUGGGCAACCGCACCGCCAAGUACCGCUGGUUCGCAGUGUUCUACCUCAUCCUCUGCUUCCUGGUCCUGCCGCUGGUCGUCUUUGGCCUCUCCCUGGCUGGCUGGCAGGUCCUGGCGGGUGUGGGCGUGCCCAUCCUGGUCCUGGUGAUCUUGGUCAUCAUCGUCAACAUCCUUCAGUCCCACCGUCCUCGGUGGCUCCCACCCGUGCUGCGCACCUGGAACUUCCUGCCACACUGGAUGCAUUCGCUGUCACCCAUGGACCGCAUGGUCACUGCGAUGACUGCCUUCUGCUCCAGGCGUUGCUGUUGCUGCUGUACGUGCUGCAAAAGCAGCCAGAAGGAGGAGAAGAGAAACCACAGCUCCCUGUGCAGGACCACAGGAAGGGCCAACGGUGAGCUGGAGAUGCACAGCAACCCGGCCCUUUCCUGGGACGGCGAGAUGGAACCCGAGCCAAACGGCGACUCUGCAACUGCAGGCAGACAGGAGGACGUGCGAGCUGAACGUUUUUAAUGAGCCCACGCUCAGACUCGAAAUCGCAGAAAGUCCUGAACAUUCAGUGGAAAAAACCGCCUCUGCAGCAGAGCUACGGGGCCCUGGAAGGGCCACAAGGACACUGGCAACAGCAUGGUACAAAGUGCGUAACCAUGUGCACAACAGCACUGCACAGCGAGGCCACGCGAUCCCAUUAACAUUUCUCAUGCUGCUUAUAAAUAGUCAUUUUCUGCUGUUAUCAUCCACACAUGCAUGAAUAAUGAUAUAUUUCAUCUGUAAUGGACUUUCAAUAUUUAAGUAAAACUUCAGAAGAAACAGAACAGAAAAAUCGGGACUUUUCAUGUAGUUCUUGUACUUGUUCUAGGUAUUACUGUGCUGCUUGUUUUCUGUUUCUUCAUCCUGUCUUUCUCUGUCAAAAGAAUUUAUUUAAAUGUCUAUUUUUCAGCAUUUGUAACUACGAAAUGACAGCUUUGUUAAGGCUCUGCAUAAAGGAAAUAUUAAAAUGUAUUUUACACGUUGCCAGUGUUGAAGUGUCUAAUUCAUAAAGAUUACUUACUUAUGUAACUGGCAGAUAUGAAACAGCCAUUUAUCAGGCAGGACUUGCGAACGAACAGCACACAUCAUACAUCCGUAGUAAACGGCUGAGUACGGAACGACCCGAGGCCUCAUAAGUUGCUCAAAGGUUGAUCCAGUGCAGUUUUAUCUGGACUCAGAUCAUUGCAGUGCUGUGAAACACCA